AUGGCAGGUUAUUCAGGAAAUCCGUUCAUUAAUAAUACUCCGUCGUCUUCCCCGUUGAAAAAUGCUGACAACAAUAGGGUUACGAAACGACCGCUGGGGAGCUCUUCGUCGUCUUCAUUAAUGUCUUCGCCGACAAGAAGGUCGAGGAUAACGGGGUCAGCAGCCUAUGGUGAUCGUUUUAUUCCCAGUCGUACAGAAAUUGAUCUUAAUACAAUGGCUUCAAUUGGUAGCGUUGCUAGUUUACCACCUGCGCCGCCAUCUAUAUCAGAGGAUCAAGUGGAGUUACAGAGGGAGAUGCAAGCACAUGAAACUUUUGAUGCAGUCUUAAAGAAUGAAUUAUUUGGAGAAAAGCUUUCAAGGGAUGCAGUAGGAAAUGAAAGUAGUAUAGAUCGUAUCAAGAACACGAGGCCUUCUCGAGUCAACUUAAAUGAACCGAUUGAGGAAGAAGCUCCGACGACGCCUCCAGAUAGUGUUGAUGUAGAUAGUCAAGUUCAAUCGGCUCCUGUGACGCCUCAUCGAGGUUUGCAUUCCCAUUCUGAAGAGUUAUUCAGACCUUCCAGUAAUGCCAUUAGGGGCGCUAGUCUUUUAACUUAUAGGGAAAGAACGGGUACUAGGCCUUCUACGGCCUCUAUGAUGCAAUCACAAUUCUUCGACACUAGCUCUUCUGUCCGUCCCGACUCAAAGCAACUGUUACUGUCACCUGGUAAACAAUUUAGACAGAUUGCCAAAAUCCCCUAUAGAGUGCUGGAUGCACCUUCCCUAGCGGAUGAUUUUUAUUACGAUCUCAUAGAUUGGUCUUCAACCGAUAUGUUGGCAGUAGCAUUAGGUAAAUCCAUUUUUUUAGCGGACAAUGCUACGGGUGACGUUCUUCAUCUUUGUGAUACUGAAAACGAGUACACUAGUUUAAGCUGGGUGGGGGCUGGCUCUCACUUGGCCGUAGGUCAAGGUAACGGUUUGGUUGAAAUUUAUGACGUGGUUAAAAAGAAGUGCAUACGAACCUUGUCAGGACACAUGGACAGAGUUGCUUGUCUCUCAUGGAAUAAUUACGUUUUGACGUCGGGAAGCCGAGAUAGGCGUAUAUUACAUAGAGACGUCCGUAUACCAGAUUCUUAUUUUGAACGUAUCGAAGCACAUACACAAGAAGUCUGUGGCUUGAAAUGGAAUGUGGAUGAUAAUAAGUUGGCAUCAGGUGGUAAUGAUAAUAUGCUAUUCGUCUACGACUCUACUGCUAGGAAUCCCGUGUUGACAUUUAACGAACAUACGGCAGCCGUGAAAGCUAUGGCAUGGUCGCCACAUAAAAGAGGAGUUUUAGGUUCCGGCGGUGGUACUGCUGAUAGGCGGCUUAAAGUUUGGAAUGUAAACACCUCUCAGAAGAUUAGUGAUGUGGAUACGGGAUCUCAGGUUUGUAAUAUGGUAUGGUCAAAGAAUACAGAUGAAAUUUUAACCUCUCAUGGUUACUCAAGGUAUAAUCUCACCCUUUGGGAUUUUCCAACUAUGGAUCCCGUGGCGAUACUGAAGGGCCACAGUUUCAGAGUACUGCAUUUGACUUUAUCUGCAGAUGGAACUACGGUUGUUUCUGGUGCUGGUGAUGAGACUCUUAGGUACUGGAAGAUCUUUGAUAAGCCUAAAGUGAAAGCCAAGCCGGAUUCUGUCAUUUUUAGCGCCUUUAAUCAGAUCAGAUGA